GCCGGCGCAGUGAGCGGUAGGCUGAGAUGGCCUCGCUGCGGCAAGUGCGGCGCUCGGGUACGAGAUAUUCAAAGAACACUGUAGGAAGAACACAUUCCACGAAAGAUGAAGCUGGCCAAAAGCACAAGCCUACCGAUGUAUUUGAUUUUCCUGAUAAUUCUGGGAUCUCAAGCAUUGGCAGGCUGGGUGAAAAUGAGAAAGAUGAAGAACCCUAUGAAACCUUUGACCCUCCUUUACACAGCACUGCUAUAUAUGCUGAUGAGGAAGAAUUCUCCAAGCACUGCGGGUCAUCUCUCCCCUCAACUCCUCAAGGAAAAGAAGCAAAAAGAAGUUCGGACACUUCUGACGUUGAAGCAAGUGAAAAUGAGUCUGUAAAAAUUAGUGCAAAAAAGCCAAGAAGAAAACUCAAGCCCAUUAGCGAUGAAUCUGAAAGCACUGAAGAAAGUGAUGUAAGAAGAAAAGUUAAACCAGCAGAGAACUUAAGUACACAACGUGAAGCUGUUUCAGCUACAGCAUCUUCAGAACCUUCAGAGAAACCAGCUGAAUCGGUCACGCUUAAAAAGGUGGGACCCCUUGGUGCCAAGCCCUCUGUUGAAAAAGAGACCCUGGAAACAGAAAGUCAACUGAAAACUCAGAAAAAGAAGAUGUUUCGUGGCAAAAGGAAGAAACCAAGAAGUGAAGCCACAGACCUGGAUACUUCCGACUGUGUACCUAUUUGGUGUUUAAAAGAAAAGAAAACCAGUGAUAUCAUGGAGUUAGAUGUCGUUUUGUCUGCAUUUGAGAACAUCCUCCCAGAGUAUAAACAAAAAACGGACUCUAGAAUUUGUAAGGAAGCCAUCAACAAAUUUCAUUCUAAUUUGAAAGAAGAACUCAUCAAAAUGCUUAAAGAAGUCCAGAUGUUGAAAACUCUGAAAAGGAAGAACACUAAGAUGAUCUCAGAUAUCGAAAAGAAAAGGCAACGUUUGAUUGAAGUCCAGGAUGAACUGCUUCGGUUAGAACCAGAGCUGAAACAACUACAAAUAAAGUAUAAUGAACUUACGGAGAGAAAAGCUUCCCUUAGGAAUGCAGCAUAUUUCUUGUCUAAUUUAAAACAGCUUCAUCAAGAUUAUUCAGAUAUUCAAGAGGAAGAACCAAAUGUAAAGGAAACGUAUGAUUCAUCCAGCCUUCCAGCUCUGCUAUUCAAAGCAAGACCCCUUUUGGGAGCUGAAAACCAUCUGCAAAAUAUCAACUAUCAAUUAGAGAAGCUCCUUGACCAGAAAUGAGACCAGUCUACUAAAGUGUGCACAUAUAAAGAUUGUCUCAUGCUACUGCCUGUUACCUUCUGAAACUGUAUUUUUCCAUAAAGGAGAUGGGGGGAAAAAAACCCAAACUUUAUUACUAUUAAUUUGAAUUGAAUAUUUCUUUUGUUAUGUUAUAGCAACAUUCCCAGGUACAUUUUAAAAAAGUAAACUUGUCUAAUUGUUCAGGCUGGUUGUAUGGUCUUGUCACCAGAAUUUAAUAUUACUUUGUCAUUAAAAUUAAAUGGCUAGAUAUAGUAGUUUUAGAGGCCAUAGUUAAUUUUUCUGGUUAAUGUCAAGUGAUGAGUUUCAAAAUGUUUUAAAACGUUGACACCUAGCCCUAGACAUACAAAAGUUUUACUGUAAAAAUAAACAUGCAAAAUUAAGCUGAUAUGAACAAAGACUAAUAACUUUGGUUAAUCAAAUAAGGAGACUUAUACUGAAUUUAAGCACACUGGAGCUAAUUUUCAAUAAAACUGGUUUACUUCAAUAAAUAAGAUUUGGAAGCAAAGUAAUAAAACUUAGCUGAUACAACAGGCUUUAUAAGUUACUAGUUUGUUAUUAAAUGUUUUCAAGCAGAUUACAGCCUAGUUAUGUAAGUGUCCAUAAUUAGCUACUCUUGUAAUACUUCUAUAAUUAGUUCAUCAGGAAUUUCAUCAAUUCCAUUAUAACCGAGAAGACUGUUCUCUGCAGCUUCUGCCAAUUCAGCAUCUUCUGUAGCCUCCAAAAUAUAAGCAUCAUCAAUGCCAUUAUCCCAGUCAGCAUCAGAAAAUGUACCUUUUGACGAUGCACUAGAUGACGGUUCAUGAGGAUUCUUGGUUUCACUGUCCCUUGUUUCAUCUGUUGUAAACUCCUCUUCCUUUAGUUCCAAAGGGGAGGGAGAGUAGAGUAGGAAGAAAAUACUGCUUAUUCAGACAGAAUGUAUGAUUUCACCAUACAGUCGAUCUCUACUGAAUUAAAGUAUUCAGUUCAACAGAUAUUAAAUUGAAAACACUGGAUGAUAUUGUCUCCAAUACAGUCACCAUGGGGAUGGGCUCACUGUUGCUGCCUUUGUGGCACACUCUUGAAACUCCAAAUUUAGAAAUGCCUGCAGUUCCUGUGGUACAUUCUUUUCAGUGUACACAGAUGGGGCUACAGCAAAGGUAAGACUGAUUUUUUUAAAAAGUGGAUAGUCUAUCUGAAGGCAAACUGGUUUUUAAAAUGUAUCUGCUAUCUUAACAUAUUUCUCUAUCUUUAAAGUAUUUUAAAAAUUAACAUGGAUUGAAAAAAGUUAUGAAGAACAGUUUUGAGACAACUGUCAAAGUACGAGUGUGGAUUUGUAUAUUAAAUAAUAUUGUAUCAACAUGAAAUUUCCAGAAUUUAAUAAUUUCACUAUAAGUAUAUAAGAAUGUUCUUUAUCUCUUAAGUAUGUAGCUGGAGAAUAAGAAGGAUUUUGAUGUCUGCAACUUAUUCUGAAGAGAUUUGUUAUGAACUGAAUGUUUAUGUACCCCCAUCCUCAUGAGGUUGAAAUCCUAAUCCUCAAUGUGAUGGUAUUAGGAGGGUGAGGUCUUUGGCAGGUAAUUAGAUCAUGAGGGCAGAACCCUCAUGAAUGGGAUUAGUGCCCCCUUAUAAAAGACCACAGAGUGCUCUGUGAUCCCUUCUACCAGGGAGGGACACAGUGAGAAGACAGCUCUCAAUGACCCAGGAAGCUGACUUGAGUCCGCCAGCACCUUGAUCUGGGACUGACUGAGAAAUUUGUUGUUUCUAAGUCACUCAGUCUAAGGUACUCUGUUAUCGCAGCCUGAAAUGCCUAGACAAAAUUCAUCAAAAAUGAUGAUGUGUAAUGUGUACAGUAGAGGGAGAAAACAAGUGUGGCCAAAUGUUUAACAAGUCUAGAGGAAGGGCAUACAGGAGGGUUCCUUGUUCUGCUGCAACAUUUUUGUAGGUUGGAACUUCUUUUAAAACCAGAUGAAGCAAGAAAUGACAAGCAGAAAUGACAAAAUAUUAACUGUUAAAACUAAGUGAUAGGUUUCUUAUUUUAAAUAAAAAGAUAAAUCCAAGCAGUGGUAAUACUGUACACCAAAAAUACUUUCAACUUGGCAUUUCUGAGGUAUUACUGGAUAGGCAGGAAAAAAAAAUCAGAAACCACAAACAUGCAUCAAAAUAACACUCAAAAUGAACAAGGAUAAAAUAUCCUUAGAGGCACAAUUUUAAAAAUCUUUUUUUGGUUAUCUCUUUAGUUCACCAGAGAAUCUGGCUAUCAGCUAUUUUAUAUCCAGCUCCUACAGAUCAAGAAUGAGAUUUCUACCAUUUCAGUAUGAAUUUUUUCAGGAGACUUUUUAAAAUCAAAUUUAAUAGGUACCAGUCAAUUAUCUAGACUGUAAACUCAAGCACUAAUUCAGCUUGUAGCAGGUAACUUUCAUUCUAACCGUAACACUAUAAACAAAAAGGCUGAUUGAUGUGGGGAAAAAAACACUAAAAAAGUCUAGAAAAUAACAUGACAAAAGAAUACUUAAUGAAAAGUUCUUGUAAAAUAUUAAUAAGACCCCAUAUAAAAGUAGAGGGCAGUUACAGGCAAUCCAUAAUAGAAACACAUAGUAAAUCUGAUGAAAGUUAAUCUGCAUUAAUAAGUGUAAAUUAAAACACCUGAAAUACCACUUUAUGCCUACCAGGUUGGUAAAGAUCAAAAGGCAAAAACAAGCAAUGUUGGCAAGUGUAGGGUAAUAGGUACUCCCAUAAACUGAAAUCUAAUUUCCUGUCGUUUUUGGAGAGCAAUUGGUGAUAUGUAUGGAAAAUAUCUGUGAUAGUUUAAGUAGGAAAAAAAGCCUACAAUAUAGUACGUAUACUAUGACUAAAAAACAUGAGGGUACACAGGUAACAAAUUCUGGAAGAUACAGACCACAACAUUUACAUCAGUUAUCUGCAUGGUCAAAUUAUAAGUGACGAUGCUUUUUUCCUUUUGUGCUUUAUGUAUUUUCUAAUGUUUGUGUACAAUGAAUGUGAAUUACUUGGGUAAAUAAAAGUUUUAAAA